CUUUACACAGCACAGCUGUAUAUGCUGAUGAAGAAGAAUUCUCCAAACAUUGUGGAUUAUCUUUCCCUUCAACUCCUCCAAGAAAAGAAGCAAGAAAAAGUUCAAACACUUCUGAAAGUGAAGCAAGUAAAAAAUGAAUGUGUAAAAAUUAGGGCAAAAAAACCAGGAAGAGAAUGCAAGCCCACAGCGAUGCGUUUGAAAGCGCUGAAGAAAGAGAUGUAAGAAGAAAAUUUAAAUCAGCAGAGAAAAUAAUUACACAACAACACGAAGCUAUUCCAACUACAGCAUCUUCAGAACUUUCAGAGAAACCAGCUGAAUUGGUUGCUCCUAAAAAAAUAGGACCACUUAGUGCCCAGCCCUCUGUUGAAAAAGAGACCAGAACCCUGGCAACAGAAAGUCAACCAAAAACUCAGGUAAAAGGGAAGAUGUCUUGUGUCAAAAGGGAGAAAUCAAGAAGUGAAGCUAUAGAUUCAGAUACUUUCAACAUUGCACAUAGUUGGUGUCUAGAAGGAAAGAAAACCAGUGACAUCAUGGAGCUGGAUAUUGUUUUGUAUGCAUUUGUGAAAACCCUCCUAGAGUAUAAACAAAGAAUAGAAUCCAAAAUUUGUAUGGAAGCCAUCAACAAAUUUCAUUUCAAUAUUAAAGAAGAACUCAUCAAAAUGCUUGAAGAUACCCAGAUGUUGAAAAAACUGAAAAGGAAGAAUGCUAAGAUGAUUUCAGAUAUCAAAAAGAAAAGGCAGCAUUUGAUUGAAAUCCGGAAUGAACUGCUUCGGUUAGAGCCACAGCUGAAACAAGUACAAACAAAAUAUGAUAAACUUAAGGAGAGAAAUUCUUCCCUUAGGAAUGCAACGUAUUCCUUAUCUAAUUUCAAACAGCUUUAUUAAGAUUAUGCAGAUAUUCAAGAGAAAGAACCAAAAGUAAAGGAAAUAUAUGAUUCGUCCAGCCUUCCAGCUCUGUUAUUUAAUGCAAGAACCGUUUGGGGAACUGAAAACCAUCUGCAAAAUAUUAACCAUCAAUUAGAGAAGCUCCUUGACCAGGAAUGA